UCUCACUUUUGUCUUUACCCUCUCUUCCUAUUUCUCUUUCCCAAAACUCUUUUUCCUUCACUUCAUCUGCAAUUUUAAAUCUAGGGUUUUGUCAAUUUCGCUUGCACAAACACCUUCAAAACACUCCCUUUUCACCUUCUUACACAGGUUUGUCUGCUCCAAUUGUCUACAUUCUCUAAUUUUAUAACAAAAGGUUCAAUCUUUUUGUAGUUUCUUGGUGUAGAACUCAUAAAGCUUGCAUCUUUAUAACAAAAGGUUCGAUCUUUUUGUAGUUUCUUGAAAUUUUAGGGCUAAGGAUGACGUCCCAUGAUGUUUCUUGAAAAACCCAUGUUAAACCCUUGAUAAAUUUUGAUUUAUCUUUUGUGGGUUUGCUCAAUUUUGGGUUUUUAGGUUGGAUUUGUAGGUGGGUGUUGCCAAUUUUGUGUUAAAUUUUGUGGGUAGGUGUUAGAUUAGUGAGUAAAUGCAUGGAUGGAAGGGAAGGAAUUUCAUCAUUUUAUCUCAAUGGAGGGUUUCGCGGGUCGGGUUCUAAUGUCGGGUCGGGUCAUCAGGGUGGUGGGUUUCAAAUUCAAGCCGCACCACCUGGUUUCAAGACUCAAUCAAACCCUAACUUGUCCCCCCAUGGUCAUAGUAAUAUGAGGUUAGCACCCUCAGUAGGUUCUUCAUUCCAUUUGGAACACAACACACCACCACAACCACACAAUUUCCCUCAUGGGUUUAACAUGGAUGGUAGCGGUAGUGGCGGUGGUGGCAGGACCGGUGGUGGUAACGGUGUGAGUGAUGAUGGUGGUGGUGGUGCAGCUACGGUUCCGACACCUGGAAGUGGGAAUGAGUCGGUUGUAAGGAAAAAAAGAGGGAGGCCUAGAAAGGUUGUUGCCGCUGAUGGGAACCACAUGGCGCUAGCGCUAACGCCUGCACCGGUGGUUGCGACGCCUGAUCCGACCACACCGUCGACGCAAAAGAAAAGAGGGCGGCCUUGCGGUACUGGAAGGAAGCAGCAGCUUGCAAAUGUUGGUGAAUGGAUGCAUAAUUCAGCAGGAUCGGCUUUCACACCUCAUAUCAUCCAUAUAUCAGUUGGAGAGGACGUUGCAGAAAAGAUAAUAUCAUUUGCACAACAGAGGCAAAGGGCUCUCUGCGUCUUGUCGGGCACCGGUUCUGUUUCGACUGUGACAUUACGCCAGUUUACGGCUUCUGGUGGAACUGUGGCUUAUGAGGGUCGGUUUGAGAUACUAUGUUUGUCGGGUUGCUACCUGCUUGCCGAAACCGGUAGCCCGCGCAACCGAACCGGUGGUCUUAGCAUUUCUGUUUGUAACGCCGAUGGUCAAGUGAUUGGCGGCGCAAUUGGCGGUAAACUUAUCGCAUCCACCCUAGUCCAGGUGGUGGUUAGUAGCUUCUUGUAUGGCGGUGGAGAUAAUUCCAGACCAAAGACCGUAGUCGAGCCGCCAUCGGGAGAUGAGAAGAGUCCUGGAGUUCAGCUUAACUAGACACCAUUCUGUAGAUUAAUGGUGUGUUGUGUGUUGAUGUAUCUGCAACAAAAGAGGUUUUCGUCUUAAUGUUGGUUUAGUUUAGAACUGUUUUUUUUAAUUGUUCGGUUAAUCUUGAGAUGCGCCAUUGGUCAUCUGUAGGAUUGUUUCAUGAACUGGGAUUUGAAGGUUAUUUUCUUUGAUUGAAAGUUUAGCGAAUCUUUUCAUGUUUCUUGAA